CAACUGAAAAAAAAAAAGAAUUAAUUAGCUCAGUGACUUUUUUUUCCCAACUAAAUUUUGUUCUAUCUAAAGGAAUUGAUUACAGCAAUCUUGUAGACUAAAUCAAAGACACAUCUGGACGUCUUGAGACAUGUUAAAGUGGACCUCGAAGGGCUCACUAACCUCGGACGAUGUGGUGAGUAGCACCAUGCCGCAAGAUUUACCUUGGCAUAACAUACACGCAGUCGAAGACGGCAGGUUGCGGCGGAACGAGCCAGGGUCAAGGACGUUAUCCGAGAGGGCUGGGCUGCGAAGGUUGCAGAAUAUAGUUACGAAUGCAGACGAGAUGAAAAAUAAACACUCGAUGGUGUCCGAGCCAAACUCACCCUAUUGCAGCACCGAGGAUGUUCGAAAUGUUCGCAGCCUUUCCCUCCCCUCUUCACCUCUAACCAAGAAGAAAAACAAAUCUGGUGUUAUGAAAAAGAUUAAAAAUAUUUUCCGAAAAGGGAGAAGUGAUCGCUAUGAAAGCCCGGGUCUUCUCAAUAAUAAAGAGUUGAAACCCUUGACUGAAAAGACUGGCUCAAAGGAGAAAAAAGAGCCACCGAAGACUAGGUUAACGCGCCUUAUUGAAACCAAACGUGCGCAGCGAAAAUUUAGACAAGUCGCUGAUGGGAGUCACUAUGCAUUGGGGGAAUCAAGAUCAUUUUUGAGUCCUUCAGUAAGCAGCGAUGAUGAAGGGAACUAUCAAACAUCUUUGUAUAACGAACAGACGCACAAACCAUUAGCUACCUUUACGGUGCCAAGAGUCGACGGCUUUGCUGCCAGAAAAGAUUCGACGUUAAACACUUUACACUCAACAGACGAAUCAGAACAGUACGCCAAGAGACCUGCUGAAACCCAUACUAAGGGUGUGACUAGAAUCAUCGAAGAGCCAAAAGUAAUUGCUCGGAUUAUUCCAGAUUUUCACGAUGAAACUGUCAAACCUAUUAUCGAUCCGCUGCACUCUUUUGGUGACAUUAAAACGUGCCAGGUUGUGCAUCGCGAUGUUAAUGAAGACACGUUGCCAGUUAAAGUGGAGAGCUUUAUCCUGGAUGGCAAAAGAUACGAUUUUCUAUGCUCACCUGUACCUCAGCAGCCUCAGAAGUGGAGCCCCUCUGAAAAGUUAAAGGGCAAGCUGGGGUCAAAUGGCAUAAGGAAGUCACCUCAGGGACGUCAUGAAGACAGCAGCAGCUUGGUCAGCGUUAGCAGUACGUCGGUGAAAGAUCUUGUGAGGUCAUUAAGCUUCAUCAAAGAAACAGGCAGUAUGGAGAAGGUGAAGGUUAUAUUCUCCAGCCCAGAAUCAAUUAUUUCUGCCCGAGCUUCACUGUGUCCAAUCAAUUCCAAUCGCCAAAGUCCCAGUUCAAUAUCGAGUUCAAGCCAACCGCACAGAGUGGAGGCAGACGACUUGUACACAGAUAACGACGAGCCGUGGUCAUCCCAGGAAGAAGAUCAAACUAUAUUGUUACCGCACAACGAUACCGGUGAGAACAUUUACUACAAAAAGGCAGUGGAGACAGACAAUGGCAACAAUCACCAGAUUCCAUUCUGUACCAGAAACAACAACAACGGUCACCACACCUCUCCCCUUGUGUCGUCCUCAACAUUUUGUGACUCUCCGCCAGAUGUCAACGGCUCCAUCAGGCCUAAAAAUAUCUUUAAGUCAGACCCAAUGUUAGACUCUUUCAGCCGAGAGGCGAGGAAAGACCUUAACUAUUCCGAGAACAGUUUUGAAAUGCGUCCAUCGCCCAGUCAGUUUAUUAGGAAGGGGAAAUUCGCAGCGAGUAGCCCCAUGAGAAAACAAGACAUCUCAGGAAGUGAAUCUGACUCGAGAAGUUCUCCCUUAGACAUCAAUCACCAAAGUCUAUUAGCGAUACGCCCAAAGAAAGUCAAAGAUAUCGUAGAACAGAUCGAGAAAGAGUCACUAAACAGUUCAGCGCGCUUUUCUCCAAUUGAAAGUGUUAUGGAAAAGCAAUCCAAAGAAACUGAUUUUGUUAGACAUUCUGAAAAAAACAAAACACACAACGGUGAUAUAGUACAAGACGGGACACCAGACUCAUGUCACGUGACUUCAAACAGACCAGAGCAUUUCAGCUCGUCGUCUGACACAGAGCCGGACGCGGAGAGAGAAUAUUCGAUUGAGGACAAUUUCUCUUUCUCACUUGACGAAGAUUCCUACAGAAAGAGCGAUGUGGACACCAAGCGGGACGAUGCAGAAAAGGAGCUGACAUCACCAGAGUCGUCCUCGUUUCAUUUGAGUGAGAAUUUACCAGACGACCGCAGUACCUUCACGUCCGACAACAACGUUUUUUACAGCGACAACUCUGACCUACUGACUUCCAGCGUUUUUUCAAAGGAAGGGGAACCUGAUGAGAAAGAUAAGGGAUUAUCCCCACUCGUCCAUUUAGUAUGCGAUACAUUAAUGAAUGAUUCUUGUUUUGAUGCGAAUUAUGAAAACGACUACAAGCUAGGCCGACAGCAAGAAAGUGCUAGUCAAUGUGUAGCCAUUUCACUACCCGCUCUUACUAGUCACGUGGGUGAAACAUCUGCUUACCAUGAUUUGAAUCAAGAGGAAAAUUGCAAGGAAAAGUUGUUCUGUGUUAUAGAUAAAGAUGCCAAAGUGAAUGAGGAUGGUCUGAAGAAACUAACUUCAAGGUGUCCUACUGUUGAAUUGGAUAUUCCCAUACACAAACAAAAAGCGUGUAUAGAUGAUGCUGAGCAUAUUUGUAUAAAAGACAAAGAUUUGAUGGCAACGGUCUGUGAAGAAGGUGAUAGACUGGUCGCUGCAGACUUUCACACGGAACAAGAAGAAUGUAUAACUGACGUCAUCGCACCAGCUAUGAUGGUGAUAUUAGACGCUAGCACCAGCGAAAACGUAACGGAAACGCCAGGCAAUAAAUCCAUUACAAGUGACAAUAAAGAAAACUUUUUAGAAUCAAAUGUAGACAUUGAAAAUGUAGGUGGACAAGUAACAGUGAAAACGGAAAGUCUAGUGGGCAAUGAAACGGCAAGUCUAGUGGGCAAUGAAACGGCAAGUCUAGUGGGCAAUGAAACGGCAAGUGUAGUGGGCAAUGAUGCACACGAGAAUGAGAAUUUAGGUAGCAAAGAACAUAUUUUUUACAUGCCCGAGUGUGCAUUGCAAGAGUUUAAAGAUUUAACCAAUGCCGAUGAAAUCGCUAAAGAGAUCAAAUCGAAGAAAAAAGUAUCGUUCAAGCUGGAAUCCUACUCGCCAGAGGAAUCAAGUUUCUCCGAUGACAGAGCUGUCGUUGAGACAACGUUCCAUCAAAGGCAGGGUCAGUCGCUAGGGGAAAAUCAAAUUCAGUCGCAAUGCCAAGUUAGCCAGUCCGAGGCCAGGGAAUCUGCAAGUUCGACAGAUGUCUCGGUAACUGAGCUUUCAGUAAGAUCCAACGAAAUUGCUGACAUGCCAACGCCCAGUGGCGACGAUUUCAGCUGGUGGGGAGCCGAAAACAUAGAUGAUAUUGAUUUUUUCCAUGACCAGUCAUUUGGCGCUGAACACGAAGAGGCGCCGCCUCAAGAUACAGAUGUCGCACCGUCAAGCGCAACAGAAAAUUUGCUGCAUGAACAUUUCUUAGCCACGACUCCAGAACAGCAGGAAGACUUGAUUGAUUUGAGAGAAGAGAACGUAUGUGUUCCCAGUAAUGUUUUAACCUUGUCUUCUUUUAUCACUAGUGGAAGUAUUUUUAAUAUGGAGGAAAAUGAGCAACGGUCCCUCCUUAUGUUUGUCGACGAGCAACAAGAGUGCAAAGAGAAUUCACCAGUUCCAUUCGAUGACACGGGUUCGUCUCCCAGCGAUAUUCACACGGGGAACAAAUCAGUUAAUAAACAAAAUGAGAUGUUUGAAGACCCUACUCAAAAUCGGGAAUCAGUGACACUAAAAAAUGGGACUUGUGAUUCAGUAAGGGACCAGCGCAUUGACGACGAAGCGCACCAAAUGGAUAUCGACCAAACUUCGGACAUCAACACGCAUACAUACAAUGUGAACAAAAUAGAAACGGCCGUCGAGAAGGAGGUGCAGCCAUGGUGGGAGGAGCAUUCCGGUGCCAGUCCCACUAACGACAGCUCUGGCAGCUUUGAAAUAAGUAGCCAAGAUGAGUCGAAUACAUUGUCUGAGCUUUACAACCAGGUGAAAAAUUCAAGACCAAUAGUCAAUCAAAUGAAAUUGGCCAGGAAAGUCUUUAAAAAAUCAAAUAAAUCUCAUGUCAAACCAGUGACAGAACGCAAACAAAGUAAGUCAAAACAUCCUGAUUAUGACUUGAAGCCCAAGACCAGAAGCGCAAAGACCAAAAGUAAUGUCAAGAGACAACCAACACCAGUGGCGGAUGAAUAUUUACCGGAAACUGAGUUACCCAAAGCAGAGUCUAAAAAAGAGAUAUUUGGAAGUCAUAAAAACCCAACUGAUUUCACAGGAUCACUAUCGAGUAGAGAAGAUUCAAAAAGAAUUAGAAACUUCGAUAAAACUAAAGGGAAUAAGUCAGACGAGUUAGACAUGAAUGAAGUUGAUAGAGACUUGAUGUCAGAUGCAAGCCAGUCAAAAUGGACAGAUCGGUCACAUUACAUUUUAGAUGGGGCAUUAGCAAAUAAACAUAUGGACAGAAGUCCUUCAGAGUGGACACACGACAAUCAAAACUUGCGACCAGUACAAAAAGAGACUUCUGAAGAGGAUAAAAUGCGUUCAGUCAUUCGAAUAUCCAGUACACGAUCCCCUUCUAGGACAAUGUCUUCUGACAGCAGGUCAACUACUUCGAAUUCACAGUUCGUAUCUGAUGAAGAUAUCCCACGAAUUAUUUAUAGUAACACUUCGUAUUUUACAGAGAAUUUGAAUGAACGUAAGAACACGUACCAGUCACAGGGUGGGCCGGAUUCAGACAGCAGCAUUUCACAAUACAUAUCAGAGUCUUGCGUUAUCGAUAAAUUUAUUGAAGACUCUUCAAGUCAGGAGACGAGCUCAGGACAAACAGACUCCAACAUUAUUGACUACAUAGACACUAACUAUACACUACAAUCUACUUUUGAUCAAACUUCUGACAAAUCCAGCUCAAGAUAUGCAGUGCGAUAUUCAGAUUCGACAAGAUCCUUUCAAACACAGAUGGGUGUAGCUACUUCUGAAAGUAGAUAUAGUCCAAACGACAAUAUGGAUCGUGUCUUGAAGUAUAGUCCACAUACAGAAGCACAACGUCACAAUGUUGUCAUGUCUUCGGCGUGCAACUUAAACGAAGAAUAUCAAAGCGGCAGGUCAAUAACUCUAGCAGUAGCGGAAAGCGAUACGACUGCUGCUACCAAUCUACUUAGUACAGAGAGGACACAGCUUAACAUGUCUCACUCUAGUGCUUUUAGGUACGUGCAGGGACAUCAAUUUUCAGAUCCAUCGGUCAACAUCGGCCAAAAUAGACAAAUGCUUCCGAUUCCCCAGCCAGGGAUUUCUAACGCAGCUGCAGAACAAUCUACAGGCCACUACCAGACAAACGAAUAUAACGAUCAACAGGCGGCCCAACAGCAGUCCAGGAUCCAGCGAUUUGGCCAGGGCCAGCUCAACCGGUCAAGGCUCACCUGCACUGGCGUCGGAGACAUUGCGUCUGCUCAACACAGCAAGCGUAGCUCACAGGACUCGUCCUACCCAACAAGCGUGAUAGGAGAGGCUGUUGAAUUGAAGCCUAAACCUGGAAACUGGCUUUUCAUAGCUUCUUUCUUCAUUUUCCAGUUAUUUAUUCACUGGAUGUAUGCUGCCUAGGGUAUCGUCCACGGAGAUCUAACAACUGAACGUGUUCAAUGAAAGAUUCAAUCCUCUGGGCAUAAGGAAUCUGAAAAUCAACAGCACCCCCCACCCUCUAAAAAAAAAUGAACGUUGAUACUGGAUUUAACUUGCGACAUUGAAGUGUAGCAGAGAAACAAUCCUGACAAUCAACUUGUGACUUUUAAAUACAUUUUUUUUUAUAAACGAGUCAAAAUCCUCUUUCAGACAAUCGGUUUGUUUGAUUGAUUGUUUGAUUUGAGGCACAUCGGCACAAUUUAGGCCAUGUCGUGCCUGCAGUCCUUUCAGACAAUCGGAACUCGAUUCAUUUUAGAGAAGAAUUUCCAGUUGUGUUCUAUUCCAAAAGCUUAGAAACAGCUGUCAUAUUGAAAUAAUGUAAUAUGACCAGUUCAAGUUGUUCUACUUUUUGAAAUAUUGCUAUUUUAUUAAGCCAACAAGUUACACAGUAAAUAAAUGACAUCGACUCUAUUGACUAAAAACUAUGUCCCACAUGCCUAUGGUAUAUUACCAAGUAAAGAUGUUAAGACUUUUAAAAUUAAAUUACUAUUAGUAAAAAAAAAUCACACAUUUAAAUCAAAUCUAAUACAUAAUGAAGAAAUGAUGUUAGGACUUUAAAAAGAGGGAAUAAUUAUUAGGUAAUAGAAAAAACAGUACACAUUUAAAUCAAAUAUACGGAGUAAAGAUGUCACCAUUUAAUAUAGUAUUAUAUCAGGUAACGAUUAUUUCCCAUUCUAUAGAUUAUAAUGGAGCAAAGACGCCAUCUAUUCAAAAGUAUUUUAUAAUACCAAGUAGAUCUGUUACACAGGUACAGUUUUAAUAUUUCGAUAGUUCCUACAUAGUAGUAAACAUUUGUUCUGUUAGAUAUUUUCUUGUAGAUAUUUCACAUUGAAAGUGUAUAAUAAAGUAUUUUGUAGAUAGUACACAAUGACAUCAGUGAAAACAUGGGCGUGAAAGACUUUGUUUAGACAAACUUUCCUUUCAUUCAUGAGGUUUUGCGUACAAGUUAGUGAAAAGAAAUGCAGACAAUGCUUCUAAUGAAAUAAGUCGUGUGUGAAGCAAAUGAUAAGGAGAAAUUGUAUUUGUGUUAGUUCUAUGCUCAUAAUAAACAUAUUUAAGAGGAGAAAAAAAAAAGGUUACAACUAUAAGUUGGUCUCAAUGUGAACACCAAGAAGAACUGACUAAAGACAGUAGCAUUGGACUACAUAUUGUGUGACAAUAAAAUUGUUAGGGCUAGUCGUUGUCUCAGAACAAUGAACAUUAAGUAAGAAGUUGUGACUGACGUCAGCAGUGCCAGAACAUUAAUUGGACAUAUUUAUUAUUGAGCUAAAACCUACGCGAAGCAUUUCGAACGAUGCUUUUCAUUGUUUGAGUUACAUUUGUACACUUCCUGUUUCGUUUUUCAAAAUGAAAUCAAAUGGUUGCACAGUUUAUUUGUAAUACGCUCAUGGUGUCUGAGAGUUAUACGGGGAAUCUCAAGGUCAAGGCUUAGUGACAACUGGUGUUUUUAAUUAGUUAUUUCAGGACAUUUAAAGUCUACACAGUUCAGGUCUUUACAUUCGAUUGUCAAAUUUAAGUGAUUGAUGCCCACUGAAACAAGUGAGUAUCAUAAAAGGUUGCAUUGAGCAUUUAAAUUUGUUUUCCAACGAAGUUUUAAGUUUGGCAUUCGUCAUUCCUUCUUUAUGGAAUUGUAUUUUCAACACAUUUAUUUACAUACUGUUUUGAAUAAUUAUUACUCUUAAGUUCAAAUUUUGAAACCAAACUUCUGUAGCAAUGAACACAGGAAUAAGAAAGAAAUGGCUGGUUUCUACAUGAAACAAAUGUACUGUAUAGACAUAAGCUUCAAACAUUUUCUCUAUAGGUUCUCUGAUUUAAAUAAAGGAAGAUAAAUAAAUAUCAAAAUAAAGAUGUUAUAAAAAUGGUUUGAAUCCAAAUGAAAGAAAUCAGUUCACAAGCUGUGUUAUAAAAAACAUGAAUUGUUUUUUUUGGUUUUAUGAAUCAAAUUCAAAUUGAUGCAAUAUUGAAUUGAAUUA